GGGGUAGGGUUUGGAAAUACGCAUCACGACGUCCCUGCGAGAAGAAAAACCUUGCCUGCAAACGCUGCUCGGACUAAAUGCCCGGAUAGAUUUUCAACAGGUUCAAAGCAGAAACGGAAGCGCUGACUCAUCUCCCCAACGUUUCGGUUUCUACUCCGUCGAAGUGAGCGUUUACACUGUCAAAGUAAUCGUAAUGAAAUCUAAUUCAUUUCUGAAACUCUCUGUUCUUCGUAGUAAUAGUAAGGGAUUUUAGUCGUUUAAUUUUCAAAACUUUUCAUUUCGCAACAGCAAGGCUACGCCUAAACGUUUCAACUGUGUUGCAACGUGAUCUUGUUUACCUUUUCUUCGGCGAGAAUCAAACGUAAUAGUGUUGUGAAACUACAAAUAAAAAAAAAUGAGUAUUAAAGAAGUUGCUAAACUUACGGGUCAUAAGGACAGGGUAUGGUGUGUUGCAUGGAAUCCAGCAGGAACAUUAUUAGCAAGUUGUAGUGGCGAUAAAACCAUUCGAAUAUGGGGUAAAGCUGAUGAAACCUGGAAGUCACUAGCUGUACUUACCGAAGCUCACCAUCGAUCUAUUAGAAGUGUUGCAUGGUCACCCUGCGGAACAUUUUUAGCUUCAACCAGCUUUGAUGCUACAACAUGCAUAUGGGACAGAAGAAGUGGGGAAUUCGAAUACGUAGCAACUCUCGAAGGUCAUGAAAAUGAAGUGAAAAGUGUUGCUUGGUCAAGUUCUGGACAAUAUCUUGCCACUUGCAGUCGUGACAAAUCAGUAUGGGUUUGGGAGGUUGGCGAAGAUUGUGAUUAUGAAUGUGCAAGUGUUCUUAAUAGUCAUUCGCAAGAUGUCAAGCGUGUUCUUUGGCAUCCUGCGAAAGAUAUUCUUGUUUCAACUAGUUAUGAUGACACUAUUAAGUUUUAUAAAGAAGACAGCGAUGAUUGGUCAGUAUUCUGCACUUUAACAGGCCAUACUUCUACAGUGUGGUCGGCCGAUUUUAAUAAUGGUGGCAAUAUGUUGGCAUCUUGCAGUGCUGACACAACAGUUAAAAUUUGGCGAGAGUAUCUUCCUGGUAACCCAGAAGGAGUUCCUACUACUAAUCAUGACCCUAUGUGGAAAUGCGUGUGUACACUAUCUGGAUAUCAUGAGCGACCAGUAUAUGAUAUUUCAUGGUCCUCGUUGACUAAUCUUCUUGCUACGGCGUGUGGUGAUAAUUGUAUACGAAUUUUUCAUGAAGAAAGAGAUUCUGAUCCACAUGCCCCAACUAUAAAUCUUUAUGCUACUGCAAAAGAUGCAUAUGAUCAAGAUGUUAAUGCCGUUGAUUGGAAUCCUAAAAUUCCCGGUUUGUUAGCAUCAUGUAGUGAUGAUUAUGAUGUAAAAUUAUGGCAGGUUGAAAUACCAGCUACUUAGAUAUGUGAUAUUUAAUUUGUGAUAUAAUUGCCCCUUUUUUAUUUAUUUAAUUUUUUUUUUUAUGAAUAGAAUUAGUAAACUUUAGGAUAUAAUUUUUGAGGCAAAAUGUAGUCUGUAAAUGUUGUUUGUCAUUUUUAUUAGAAAAUAUUCUAAUAAUUUUGUAGACAUGAAAGGUAUCGCUGUUGUUAAAAAUUAAAGAUAGCUGCAAAAUCUUUCCUGAUUAAA